UAUUUGUAAUACAACAUGAAGUGCUUGAACUUAAUCGUGCUUUCGCUGCUGCUGAUUUUGGCUCAAACGGACGGAUAUAGCCAUCGCCAUCCGGGCUUUGCCCAACGCUUGCAGAUCAAGCCAGGGUGCUUGCAAGUGCCUCAGAUAUACACCGAGGCUCCAACUCCAACGCCCACCAUUAUCUUUUCCUCGUUGGAAGAGGUAGGGAUGGCGGACAUCAGGAGAGUAGAAGCAGAUUAAACAUCUUUCAGAGCAAAUUCCCCCUGAGUCUGGAUUCAUUUGCUGGGACUGCUGGCCCUGUUUCUUUGCACGAUCUUAUCUUCUGGAGAUGCCUCCCCCUUCGACGAGAGACGCCACAGAGG